GCAAGUUUCAAUGCAAGCCUCAUUGCAGGAAGCUGUGUUGACCCAUGUGCGGCCCGUAGGACGAUCAUAUGUGCGUAAUAGGGUUCUACCCUUGAAUCAUCUCUCGACGUGUCUGCCAACAUUCUGGUCCUCACAAGUAAUACGACCCGCAGCAAGCGUCAACCUCCCGCCGACCACCAGGAACACUCCGUUCCAAACAGUUUCUAGUUUCUAUAUAGGCAUCUUCCAGUCCCCAAGAAGCAAGCUUACCAGCAAAGAGCAUCUUAUCAUGUCAUCCAACCUCCGUCCUACCUCAACUACUAGCCAUGCUACUGCUGAAUUGCGCGCUCCGAUGGCACACACGCCCAGUCAAGGCGGCCAUGGUCAUCGUAUGAAUGGCACUGGCAACCGCAUGCGCAGUAAACGCGGUGAGAGGCGUGGCGAUGCAAACAAGGUAUCGAUGUCCCAUCAAAGACAGGGUUCUGGCUUUGGCGCUGCACCUACUACCCUGCGCGCUGGCUCCGAACCCGUUGUACCUCUCAAAUUAUCUGCCAACCGUUGGGUUCCUGCGAGUACGACCUGCAAGGUUCAAUCUGGUAUUGAUUUACCUGAGCUGGUCGACCGUAAGGUCAAGGCGUUGCUCAACAAGCUCACGAUGGAAAAAUUCGAGACGAUUUCAGACCAGAUCAUCCACUGGGCCAACAAGAGCGUGAAUGAGAAGGAUGGACGGACGCUUAUUCAAGUCAUCCGGCUAGUGUUCGAGAAGGCGAUUGAUGAAGCUGUUUGGAGUGAGAUGUACGCGCGGUUGUGUCGGAAGAUGAUGGAGCAGAUCAGUCCUGAGGUGCAGGAUGACAGGAUCAAGAAUACGGAGGGAAAACCUAUCAGAGGUGGCCAUCUCUUCAGGAAGUAUCUCCUCAACCGGUGUCAGGAAGACUUCGAGCGUGGGUGGUUCGCUAAGGAUGCUGCUGCUGCUGCUGCAUCCGUCACAGCGAAGGCAUAUGAUGCUGGGUUCAAUUUCGAAGAAUACCACGCUGCACAGAAGGCGAAGCGCCAGGGCCUUAAUCUCAUCAUGUUUAUUGGUGAGCUAUUCAAGGUUCGGAUGCUCACAGAGCGUAUCAUGCACGAGUGUGUGAUGAAGCUGCUGGGCAACGUCGAGAACCCCGAGGAAGAGAAGAUUGAGAGUUUGUGUCAGCUGUUGAAGACAGUCGGCCAGUUGCUUGACACGCCGAAAGCAAGCGCGCAUAUGGACGUUUACUUCGCGCGCAUGAAGGAGCUAGGCAAGAGCCGUAAUAUCAGCACUCGUAUGCAGUUCAUGCUUCAGGAUGUCAUCGAGUUGCAUGACCGUAUGUGGAUGAGUCGCGAUGUUGCGCCUCUGACGAUUGCUGCCGUUCACAUGCUGGCCGCCAAGGAGAGAGCAGCUGCAGAGGAGUGUUGCAACCGUCAGAUGAGCAUGUCUCCUGAUGGAUCUCGAAGGGGCAGCGACCACAAUGAAGAGAAUGGUCCUGAUGGUUGGACUGUUGCAGGUGACUAUGUUCCGCGGGCGCCUCCCAAGGCUGGUGAUCUGUCACCAUUCGGCAACAUCACUAAUGGUCCACCCAGGACAUUGGUGAUGGGUCCAAGCGACAUCUUUGGCGCCGGCAAUGACGGCAAGCGGGAGGCACUUUCACAGACAAAUUCGAACUCAAAAAUGUUCCACAUGCUCAGCCAAAACCCUGAGCUCGCCGCCAAUACAUCAACAAAGCCCAGUUGUUCGACGAGUCGGAAACCAAGCAUUGAUCAUGAUCACGGUGUUCCUGAGCCUGCUGUACAGUACAGUGAGCUCCAGCCUCUUCCGCAAUCCGUUCGUGCUGCUGACGAGAGCAUGAAAACUCCUUUAGAAGACGAACACGAGAUCACACCCACCACCAUGUCAGAAGCAGACAUCAAGAAGGAAAUCGAUAGAUAUGUGAGGGCGUUCUUCGCGAUUCGCAAUCUCGAGGAAGUAGACGUCUACGUCACCAAUCUUCCACAUGAGUUCUGCUUUCGACUCGUAGACAACCGUCAGAUACGCAUGUCUCGCGGUGGUCCUCGAGGCGGGAGCGAGCACAAGCAGGAUUGCUGGGCUGCUCCAGGUGGCUCUAUUCCAUGGGCGCCUCCCAAGGCUGAUGAUCUGUCACAGUUUGACAAGAUCAGCAUGGGCGCGCCCAUGGUUGUGAGUCCAAGUAGUGCGCUCGUGGGCAGAAAGAAGGACAGCAAGCGGGAAACACAUUUUCGGACGAAUUCGAGCUCCAACAUGUUCCAUAUGCUCAGUCAGAAUCUUGAACUCGCCGCUGAGGCGUCCACGAAGCCCGGUCGUUCGUCGAGCCUUAAGCAGGGCGUCGAUCUUCGUCAUGCUGGUGUUCCUGAGCCCGCUCUACAGCGCGGGAAGAUCCACCUUCCACGGUCCGUUCUUGCUACCGAAGAGAACGCUACGGCUCCGUCGGAAGAAGUAUCUAAAAACGCACCCACCACCAUAUCAAAAGCAGCUGUCAAGAGGCUUGAUGAAGACGUGAAGGAGUUCUUCACGGUUCGCAAUCUCCAAGAAGCGGAUGGCUAUUUCCCUGAUCUUCCUGACGAGCACCGCUUCCGGCUCGUGGACAAGCUGGUUGCGUCCGCGCUCGAGAGCAAAGAGACGGAUGCAAGGUUGGUGGGCGAUUUCUUCGCGCAAGCUAUGAGCAAAGGACAGUGUACGCUCGAGGUAUUCGAGAAGGGAUUCAUGCCCAUAGCAGGAUUUUUGGACGAUAUUGCUAUCGAUGCUCCCAAGGCGUUUGAUUAUAUGGCUAUCAUGCUCAGGGGUGCUGGGUUCCAGAAUGAGCCUGAGAGACUCUACCGGGUCGCUUCGAAGCUCGAGGACAGCGACAAGCUAGUCUCUCUCGUGGCUUGA